CGUUCGCAGACCCCUUUGAUUUAUACUCAGCAAAAGUCAACAAGCUCAAGAAGUGAACCAGAAAAAUCAUCAAAAGUCAAUGCAAGUGUUCUAUCAUUAGUUUUAAACGCCAAAGGCCCCUCUAAAUUACCAACCAGCCAGCCUGCAAGAGAAUGUUUUCAUCCAGGAGCUACUGUUCUAUCCAGAGAUGCAAUCCCUUUAAAUGGAAAGCCUGUGACUGGCUUAGAAAUGAUCAAGGGCAUGUGGCAGUAUAUUUGGCCAUCUGAUAAUAAAGAUAUAAGAGAUAGAGUAAAAUUGGCGGUAUCUUUAUUAAUAGGAGCUAAAUUAAUGAACGUGUGUGUACCAUUCAUAUUCAAAUAUGCAAUAGACUAUCUCAAUGUGCAAGCAUGGUCAGUUUUAACAAUGGAAACUGCUCCCGAAACUGUUGGUACGGUGGCUACUAGUUUACUAUUGGGCUAUGGUAUUGCUAGGGCAAGCGCAUUAGGCUUCAAUGAACUAAGAAACGCGGUUUUCGCCAGGAGAAUAGCCAAAAAUGUGUUCUUGCACUUACAUAAUUUGGAUUUGUCGUUCUAUUUGAGUCGACUGACAGGAGCGUUAUCUAAAACUAUAGGCAGAGGUUCCAGAGGGAUAAAUUUUGUACUUACUGCCAUGGUGUUUAAUGUUGUACCAACCUUUUUUAAGUUGGCGCUAGUAUCUACAGUCUUGGGAAUUAAGUGUGCCCCUGAAUUUUCAGGUGCUGCCUUUGGGUGUGUGGGUGUGUACGCGGAAUUUAUACUGGCUGUUACCCAGUGGCGUACGAAAUUUCGAAUUUUCAUGAACAAACCGGAAAAUGAGGCGGGAAACAAGGCUAUUGACUCUCUUAUAAAUUAUGAAACUGUUAAGUAUUUCAAUAAUGAACGUUAUGAGGCGAAUAGAUAUGAUGAAGCUUUAAGAAAGUACCAAGACGCCAGCUUAAAAACUAGCACCAGUUUGGCAAUGUUGAAUUCCGGGCAGAAUGCCAUUUUCAGUGCCGCUUUGAGUGGCAUUAUGAUCCUUGCUGCCAAUGAAAUCGUAAAAGAAAACCUGGUCAUGGUUAAUGCCCUCUUUCAACUUUCCAUAUCUUUAGGGUUCUUAGGGAGUGUUUAUAGAGAAGUUAGGCAAGCUCUCAUUGAUAUGCAAACUAUGUUUACAUUGAUGUCAAUGGAGUCUAAAAUAAAGAGCAAACCAACAAGCUCCUUACCUGCACGUGGAUUAAAAAAAUACAGAGAUCGUUUUCAACAAUGUCACUUUUGAUUAUGGCCCGGGUAAAAGAGUUCUUAACGGCCUCAAUAUGAAAAUAGAUCCUGGUAAAAAAAUUGCAGUGGUUGGAGGUUCAGGUUCUGGAAAAAGUACAAUGAU